AUGUCGAGAGCAGAACCAUCAGGCAGCAAGCCAAGGGCUGCCCAACGACCGAGCUCGUCCAAGGUGGUCUCAACGCGCCUACAGGAGAUCAGCCAAAACUUGCUGGUCUAUACUAUAGGCACGACCGAAGAAAAGCUCCCCCCUCUCCUUGAAGUUCGCCUGCAAACCUGGAAGGAUCUCAAGAACCCUUUUGGCAAGCCAAACGCCAAGUCUCGAGCAGAAGUGUCGAAGGAUGCCGUUCUCCUCCCGGACAAUGUCCUCGUGUCUGUCGAACCCAACUCCAGGGAAUAUAUAUUCGCCAUCAGCUCUCACUUCGACAUUGAUGAGAUAAACGCUUUCAUCCUCUUCCAUUCCUUCAUCUACAACCAAGGCCUUCCAGAGGAGACCGAUUCACGAGAUAAUGCAGAGUUUGUGGAGACCAUACUGAAGGAGAUCAGCCCCUUCUUCUACGAUGAGCGCCGAGCCGUAUACCGAAUUCUCGUCCCAUUGCUUCGUGUCGAGGAGUUGGAAAGCGAGGGAUUACAUGAUGCUUCCACCAAAUUCCUCCCCAAAAUCAUCCCCGACCGCAUCGCUUUCACUCGAACCAUCGUCUCCUUGUACCAGGAGAAGACCAACGCCCCUUUGCCGGAGAAACUAGCCGCGGAUCCUCGUGGGGCCGCGAGAUGGGCCCAGGAGAAUUUGAAGGACCAGCUCGUGUUACUGGAAUUAACGUUCUCGUCCAUGAUCAGCUUCUUUCCCGGUCGUGGUGUUCUCGUUGAAGAGCUCUACAAGACGGCCUUCGACACCAACCUCGGGUUGAAGCAAGAGAACGAAACUUUCCUCCUCGAUCUCGAAUCUUCUCAAUUACAGAAAGAUAUCGCAGCCGUUUGGCUCCUCAUAAUGAUCGAAGUACUCGAACUAGAUGUCCUGUUUAUUCCCACCUGGAACAUCUCAAAUGCCCUCACGAACAAGGAUCUCUACACUUCCCUCCCCGACUCUCUUCACCGAAUACACAAGAUGGUCAUGGACCACCAGAACGUUCCGGACUAUUCAUGUAUCUUUCUUGCAUGGUCUAUUACGCUUACUCGCCUCGAAGCUGCGAUCGCGGAGCUCGAAGACCUUCCUGAGUCGCACCAAGCCUUCUUCGACUCGCUAGGCCUUGGCCCUUCGCGUUCAAGGGAUGGACGCUCGGUGCCUCAGGCUAUGCUUCAGAAAAGCUUAGGUCCAGAUCUCGGGGCAUUCAACGUUCUGCUGAAUCUCCUGACGGGCACAUCACUGUUUGUCACCUCCAUCGCAUGGAAGUCUGACUCUGCCAUUUCCGACCCGAAUGCCCUAUCGUAUCGCGCCAUUCUCAAAGGUCUCCUCAUCUCCCUUUCGAGAGUCAUCUCACUCGAGCUGAUCCCAGAUUUCGAGACUCUCCUCGAUGUAUGGAUCUCCCUCUUCGGCCGUUCAGAAAGCCAAUCCGUGGGCGACCUAUGCCAACAGUUUUGGAGAGAGGACGCCAGACACCCCGCCGUUCGUAACAUCCUGGAUCUCCCUCGUACUCGUUUCCCCAUUCAACAUCGACCCCUCCUACAAAUUCUUCGCUCCCUCUGCGGCCCGGGUUUUUCGAAUAGUGAUCCGCUCGCCAGUAUCACAAAUCACCAACUGGAUGCGCGUAGCGGUUUAGUCCGAGCAGAGUGCGCCAAGAAUGCGGUCAUUUAUCUCCAGAAUCUGACCACGUACGCUCAAAUGAUACCUGCAGCUCAUUGUUCGGGGCAAGGGGCACUGUACGAGAAGGUUCCAGAGAGAUUCGGCAGUUCGUCGGCGGCGAGUGGACCACUGUACACCAACAUCAAGCCAAUACGGUUACCGGGAGGUUCACUACUUCCCGCGAAGUCAGCUGGGAGGCUGCUCAGUACGGAUGGAGAGGAGCAAAUGAUCAUUCUAUGGGAGCACCAGCACAGCGGUUGGUUGUUGCUGAAGGACAUACUGUAUGACUACGCGGUCGGCAGACAUCUAAUACCACCGGGAUCAACGACAACGCCGUCAUCGCAAGGCGUUAUGGCCCGCGCACAUGGGUCGCAACAACCCGUCACACUCAGCCUCAAAGACAUAGGAGUGGAAGUGGACGCAGAUCCAGAGGGGUCCAUCAUCGCCGACAUCCUCGAGCUUCUGCGUACUGUCAUUGCCGUUGACCCUCAUGACGCCAACACAUUACUGGGCGUUAUCGAACAACUCGACCCAGAAAAGCCAGCCAAGGAAUCCCGUGCCGAUCUCGCAUAUCUUGUGCUCGUCAUCCUCGAAGAUGCACUCGCUCGCUCUGGGACUCAAUCACGGAAACCUAAACCAGCCCAGACGCCACUCAUCGCAUCUGCUUUCGGCCUGUUGGCGUCCAUGAUGUCCGUUCGGGACUACGCACGACAGGUAUGGUUGUUCUGUCGGUCCUCGACGCUAUUCGACAACACGAAGAUGUAUACCUCAAGCGUACUCGCCGCCGAACGUGUCUCUGGCUCAUACCCCAUCACCCGCGCCCUCCUUCUCUUCGUCCAAUCCAUGUUCACACAAGCCUAUUCCGGCGUACUCAUCACCCUUUCCCAGGAAUUGCCAAAACUACAAGCGUACAAGGAAGACGUCCUGAUGCGGGCUUUGCGGUUCGUUCAUGGCGAGAUCUGGCUGGACCAUGUAGGGUGGAAGUACGUCCAGUUGAGUGAGAGGUUCGAGGUCGGGAGGUUACUUUCGACGCUUUAUGGGGACAUACUCGACCGUGUGGCCCCUAUGGACCCGAGCGUGCCACUCGCUAGUAUAAGCCGAGCAGUGUUCGAAGCUUUGGUCCUCAAGGCUACGACGUCGAGUAUCAACCCGCUCAUCACCGCUAUCACGACCUCGACUGCCGUCCUACGACACGCGUCCUCACUCAGAAAGUUCACCGACCUGAGCGCGCUGUGGUACCUGCUGAAAGCGCACUUGAAGGUCGUAAGGUUGUGUUUGACAUAUAAGCAGAGACUUUACGCGAACGAGGGACACUGUUUGCUGGAGCAGGCGCUGUGUUCGAGGGCUAGCGGGAAUGGCACGGCUAAUGGAGGAUCAGGUACGGCGAAGGCAAGAGCGGACCCCUUGGAUGCUUUGGCCACUUUCGUCAGCUCCGCAGAUCAGGAUACAGAUCUACCAAAGGAAGCCAUCAGAGUGCUCUACUGUCUCUGUUCUUCACUUGCAUCGACACCUUCGUCGGCACUUACCAUCGUCGGACAUCUGUCGAACCCAGAGGCCACCGUCUCUUCACUCGUUUCCUUCGCCUCCGAUCCAUACAAAGACCUCGAAGACCGACUGGCCGUUUGGAAAUUCAUGGCUCUCGCGGUGGACAAGGAACCAGCCCUGGGAAGCCUGUUCGUCAACGGACGGUUCCAAAUCCCCGUGCACAAACCUCGCGAGGAGCCAGCUGGGACGUCAGACAAGGGCAAGGUGGAGAAAGUCAGCGGGUUCAAGAUGGCUCAGAUGACCAUCGAAGUGUGGCAGGAGAUGUGGGAGUAUAAUCCUCGCUUGCUCGCUGGGGUGCUUCGAUUCCUGGCAGCGGUGUGGGAGCAUGGGGCGGAGCACGGGGAUGUUAUGGAGUCUGUGAAGGACGAUGGGGAGUUUUGGGAUUAUCUGAGUGGGAUCGUGAAGGAGGAGUUGCCUCCCGCGCCGGAGUACUUCAGUGCAGAGUUGGGUGAUGAAGGACCGGAGGGGAUAUCACCGUUACACGACGGCGUAGCGGAUCAUGUGUCGAGGGUGCUGGUGAAGUCGUACGCGACGAGGAUCGUGGCGUUGGACAUCGGGAUGAGGAGGGCCAAGGGAGGAGUAGGGAAGAAGGACGCAGUGGAAGAGAAACCGAGGAGCUACAGAUCCAUCGAGAGUGUCCUGAAGUCGGUGGAUCAACUCACGGACCACAUGAACGAUGCGAACGCAAACUCAUACGAUCCCGCCAUUUUCGAAGAAUUCGCGCAGAGAAUCGCGAAGUCGUUCUCGAAUCUUUCGCUCAAAUGGCUCGAGUGGCAGACCUUGCCUGGAUUGCAGGAACUCGGAGACGAUUAUGCGCUCAGGAAGACGAACCUUGGGAGCAUGACCUCGGCAUAUGCGGACGAGGGCGAUGCCGAGGCAACCCUACUUAUGCACAAUCUCUACUCGGUCAACAUGAAUCUGUCGUUGUCGAACGUACAGAUUCAGUUGGGGGAAUCGUGGCAACUCUUGUUGCAGAAGGUGGCGCCGUAUCUCAAGGGGGACCCGGCCAUUCGUCCUACUAUCCUUUCGCUCGGUUCCACCGUCGCGGAGACGAUCGCGGCGGAACAGAGGGGAGGUGAUCUUAUGUCGAAUAUUCAUGGCGUCCGACUCUCGGUCCUGCUUUCACUGCUCGAACUUGCCUGGUUCUCGCACACGGAUUCAGAGACUGAGAUCAAAUGGUUCCUUGCUAUCGUCGACAGCGUUCGACUUAUCAUCGUCAGUGAAUCACAAUCCCCCAUCCUCUCCAUUCGCGGUUCCGUCACCACGCCCUUCCACCGCACCCUCCUCCAAAUCAUCUACUUCUGCCUUCGCCAAUGCCGGAACCUCGCCCGGAAACCGAAAGCGUUGGAUGCAGAGCGUCGACUGAACAUCUCCGCUAUGGUCGACGUCACCCUCCUCUUCGUCAUCGACUCGCUCCGGUUCGUAUUCGACAGCGCUCUCGGCCGAUUAGACGUCGAUCUCGACACCGACAUGGAACUCCUCGUCGCCGUCUUCGAACAGGCCACCCGGACCGACAUCAACCCGUCCACCCAGCUCUGGCUGACCCGAUGUCAAGAGACGGACGUGCUCCGGGCCAGUCUCAAUCUCUUCGUCCAAUCCGACAUCAUCGGGCUCUCGCAGCUCCCCGUUCUCCGUGCGCGAAAACGACCGCUCUACACGCCCCAUAUACUCACUUUCCACAUCUCGUUUGCCUCGCUUCCCACACCCGCAGAACGUCUGGCCUCCGAAGGCGUCCUGAUCGCCUACUCGAACAACUCACUUACAUCAAUCGCCUCAUCAGGCCGUCUCGACCCUUCUCUCCCCUCCGACCUCCCAGGCGAACGAAACCCAGCGCACCAAGCCUACUGCGUCAUGCUCUCCGUCGUCUCCGGCGUGAUCACCGCGCUCGGGAUGCAAAAACACUUCUUCGAUAAAGAAGCCUGCGGGUUCGUCCAGCUCUACGGGAGUCAGAUCGAGCGCGCGCUGAGUUGGGGCGUGGGCGACGUGCUGACGUUACCGGGGCUGGAGGAGAUGGAGAGGACUGUGGGACUGUUUGGGAGUAUUGCAGCGAGCGCGCCGGCGUCGGCGAAUAGGAACGAGGUGACGGCGAAGGUGCUCUCUGCGUUCUCGUCGAGCGCGCUGUUGCUCAUUCAGCAGCUCAAUUAUGCACUUUCGCAUCCGAACCAGCUCGCGGGGAUUCUGGAGCCUAUCACGCUGGAGGAGAGAGCACAGUUGGAGCGGGAGACGACGGGGAUGGGUAAUAGUGGUGGGUUCGCGGAGGUGUUGGAUCCGACGAAGAGGCCGUUUUUGGCGAGGGUGGUACAUAGGUUGUUUGGAUUGACGAGUGGGGUCGUUUGUGCGUUGAUUGCGACGGGGGAGUCGGAUUUGGUGCUGAGGGGUGAGGUGGAGGAUUUGCCGGGAAGUGUGGCGUUGGUCGUUCCGCACAGUAAAGUCGUGCUGGGCGAACCGGCCUCGAUGGGCACGCUCAUAGAACUAGCGAACUGCACGCUCGACAUCCUUACACAUCUCGUCUCACGACCCGCAGGCCAAUCCCUUGGACCCUCCAUCUCCCUCUCCCUCUCCUCCACAGCUACCUCCACGUCCCCGCUCGACGUCAAGCAAGCUAUGCUGACGACACAGCACACGCUGGAAUGCGUGCUGUUUUAUGCGACGACACAGUUGGGUGCGUGGCUCGCGAAGCCGGAGUUGUUUGAAGAGAAGGAUGGGGAGGGGAUGGGCGCGGGUGAGAGCGCGGGGGCGGGAGCGGAGGUGGAUGCGGAUAUGGAGAGUGAGAUGGUGGAGAGUGGGAGCGUCGGUCCCGGUGGUGGUGGUAGUGGAGGAGGAGAGAAUAAAAAAGGAGGGAAGAGGAGAGAGUCGUUGAGUUUGGCGGAGAGGUUGAGGAGGGGGAUGACGGGUGAGAUGGCGAACGAGUUGAAGAGCCUGAUGGAGAAGGCGAGGCCGGUGUUGCAGAGGAGUAGGGAUGCGGUGGGGAGUGGCGGGGAGAAGGAUAAAAUGGUGCUUGGGAAGGGAAAAGGGAAGGAGGUGGAGGUGGAUGUUGUGAAGGUCUUGAUUGGAUUUUUGACUGAACGGAUUGUGGGUCGGACGUGAUGGGGUGAAUGAGUUCGUUCCAUGUUGUAUUUGGUAUUCUUUUUCUCUCUGACUCGUCGAAGUGUUUUGACGCUAUCUACAUACAUACGUGCAUACUGUGUUUUGCUUAUUUUUC